GGAAACAAAUUGAAUGGAAGCAUAUUCUUGCAGAAGCAGUAGGGAAGAUGAUUGAUGAGAGAUCAAGAAACAUCAGUCACAACAAACAACGACCUACGAAACAAAACAGAGACCCAAACAAUCGCCUAAGAAACCCCAAAACGCAAACAUUGUCCUAAUUUCUCUCGUCGCCUUCUGUUCUCCAUCACCCAUCUCUCUCUUCAUUCAUCAAUAUCAAAUUUUAGAGAAAAAUAAUUAUAAUAAUAAUUUUAAAAAUGGCGAUUAAUUAUUCACCAGCUCGCUGUUGCGUGCGCUCACUACAUCGCACUUUCCCUUUUCGCUCAAUUCUCACACCCAAAAUCUUCUUCCGUGACGCCGCUCCGAACCUCAGGCUCGUUUCGGUUCGGUCCCAAGCUCCAGGUUCGGAUGGCUUGCACUCCCAUACCUCCUCCAUUGGCUUCUCCGCUUCUUCUUCCUCCUCCUCUGUCAUUGAUUUUCUCACCCUCUGCAACCGCCUUAAGACUACAAAGAGGAAAGGAUGGGUUAAUCAUGGGAUAAAAGGUGCUGAAUCGGUUGCUGACCAUAUGUACCGCAUGGCUUUAAUGGCAUUGAUUGCUGGCGAUGUUCCUGGAUUGAAUAGAGAAAGAUGUAUUAAAAUAGCACUCGUGCAUGAUAUUGCAGAAGCUAUUGUAGGAGAUAUAACACCAUCUGAUGGUGUGCCCAAGGCUGAAAAGAGCAGAAUGGAGCAGGAAGCUUUGAACAAAAUGUGUGAAGUUCUUGGUGGAGGGAUGAGAGCUGAGGAGAUCAAAGAACUUUGGGCAGAGUAUGAAAACAAUUCUUCUUUAGAGGCUAAUCUUGUUAAGGAUUUUGAUAAGGUUGAAAUGAUUCUGCAAGCACUGGAAUAUGAAACGGAACAUGGCAAGGUGUUGGAUGAAUUUUUCCUUUCAACUGCAGGGAAGUUUCAAACUGAAUUAGGAAAAAGUUGGGCAUCUGAGAUCAUUUCAAGAAGAAAAUCUUUAUCAGCAAAGAGGUUGAGUUGAUAUAGUGGUUGACAAGUGGUGCCAUGGUGGCUUGAGUAGUUGUUGGUCACAUCGGCAGAAUGGCUAAGUUAACUACCAACCAAUAAACAUGAUUUCAUGCAGAACAUGUUCAGGAAUUUUGACAUAAUUUGGGAUGACAUCAGUCUCUUGUCCCUGCCUGAUAAGUUUUCUUUUUCUUUUUUGGAAUCAUCUUUUGUCUUUCUUGUUGACGCAUUUAAACUUAGCUUUUCUUUAUAUUCUUUUCUUUUGUCAACACUGGUAGUGUAAAUUAUUAUCAAAUAUUAAGAGUAUUGAACAUCUUGUAAUUUUCUUCUCAGAAAUAGUUGGAAGUUGUAGCUAUUUGAUCU